AUGGCCGCCGCCGCCGUGCAAGCCCCCAUUGCCAUCCAGGCUCCCGUCGCGCCACCCACCGUGGUCGCCUCAACCACCUUGCGCGCCACACGACCCACUAAACAGAUUCCCGAGUCCAUCAUCGAGCGAGCGCGCGCCGUCGAAAAAGUGGACUUCGACGCCACCAAGCACCUGGCGACUGCCACACCCGGAAAGGUCUUCAUGAUGAAGGACCUGGGCUUCGAAGGCGCGGGGAUCUCGCCGACUGCACUCUCGGAGCCCUUCCCCCUCUUCACGCCAGAAGCGGUUCAGCAGAUCCGAGCUGAAAUCUUCAGCGAGCCUGUGCUCCGUGACUGCCAGUAUGCCUCCAGCUUUGCGACGAACAUGAUCCGAGGAUACGGGCCACAACGAGCCCCCUUCAUCUUCAACGCCUGGCACAGCCCCGAGCUCCUGGCCACCAUCUCCCGCGUCGCGGGGAUCGAGCUCGUGCCCGCGAUGGACGUCGACGUAGGCCACGUUAACGUCUCUGUCAACGACGCCGUCGUCGAGUCGACAAAGUCCUCCACCGCCGACUCAGACGACGAUGAUGACAGCGUGCCCGCCUUCGCCUGGCACCACGACAGCUACCCCUUCGUAUGUGUGACGAUGCUCUCCGACUGCGAAGGGAUGGUCGGCGGCGAGACCGCCGUGAAGACGGCCAACGGGGAGGUGUUGAAAUUCCGGGGACCGCUGAUGGGCACAGCCGUCGUAAUGCAAGGCCGGUACAUCGAGCACCAAGCGCUGAAGGCCAUCGGCGGCCGCGAGCGCAUCAGCAUGGUGACCGCGUUCCGGCCCCGGAACCCCCUUGUCAAGGACGAGACCGUGCUGACCAGUCUGCGGGGCAUCAGCGAGCUGCCCGAGCUGUACAGCCAGUAUGCGCUGUACCGGAUGGAGAACCUGGAGGAGCGGCUGCGCGUGCAGCUGAAGAGGCUGCGGGAGCAGCACGCGCGGCGCUGCUUCGAUGUCGAUGCGAUUCGGGGGGCGUUGGGGGAGCAGCGAGCGUUUCUAGAGGCGACGCUGGAGGAGUUGGUGGAUGUGUAGGUCUUAUUGGUUUUGAUGGGGGAGGAUGAUGAGGAUGUUAAUGAAUAUGAUUAUGAAUAUGAUCUGAGGGUUUGUCUCUUGUGCUUGUGUCUGGUUCGAUGAAGGAGGUUUCUGGCGAUGGUGUAGGUGUGG